AUGGCUUCUGAACGAGCUGUCGGCCCCUCGACUAUUCCGAAAGACGCCUCCAUCGCUUCUCUCCCGUCCACCUCCUACCCCCCAAUUCACCAAGGCGCCUCCCUCCUCCUAGCCCUUCGCCUCCAAGAUCGCCCCAUCCUCCUCAUCGGCGGAGGCGUAGUCGCCGCCUCCCGAGUCUACUUUCUGCUCGAAUCUGGUGCCCACAUAACCCUCAUCGCCCCCCUCCCCCUCGACCCCUCCAUUGCCCACUACAUCUCCCACCCCGACACUGCCUCCCAAUUCACCCACCUCGCCCGCGAAUUCAAGGGCCGGGAAGAUGAAAUCAAAGUGAAAGACUUUGAUUUGGUUUUGACUGCGAUCGACGAUAACGAUCUUUCCAAAGAAGUUUGUGAGAUAUGUAGAGAAGCGAGGGUGAUGGUGAAUGUGGCGGAUAUACCACCACAGUGCGAUUUCUACUUUGGGGCGCAAAUGCGAAGGGGACCGCUGCAGAUCCUCAUCUCCACAGGCGGUAUGGGCCCUCGAGCCGGUGCCAUGCUUCGAGACCUCAUCGUCGAUGCCCUCCCCUCCGAUGUCGAGUCAAGCUUGCAGGGCGUUGGUGCUUUGCGCAGGGAUCUGAGAGAGAGGGCGCCGGGUGUGGGAGGAGAGCGAGGACAGAGGAGGAUGGAUUGGAUGAAGCAGACUUGUGACAAGUGGGGACUGGCGGAGAUGGGGAGGUUUAAUGAUGAGCCGACGAGGACGAGAGUACUGGAGGAAGGGUGGGAGAAGGGUGUCGUGCUCGGGCCGAGUGAUCUGGAAGGGGAGAUCGGGAGUGGGUGGUGGAAAGGGCUCAAGGGGAAGGUUGGGCCGGAAGGGGUGUGGGGUGUGAGUGGUCUUGCUUUGGGCGCUGCUAUCGCCACAACUACUACACUGUGGUUGAGUCGACGUAGAUGA